GAAAAAAGCUAGAACUGGAUACAAGUACAAGUGAAGCACUCCCAUGUAAUCUAUCUUUAUUCCUUUAUUCCUGAUUCUUAACCAUGCAAUUCCUGUCAGUCCUUCGUUAAGACAAUUUCAUUGUCAUCAUCAUUAAAUCGCCAAAAUGGUGUACCAAAUCAGACCCUUGCAUAUAUCAAGUGAGGCGCCAGAAGUUGUUCCCGCGGAACAAUCUCCGUACUUAACCUCACCCGAUAAAUAUUUCGUUCGUUCAUACUCAGUGAGAAGAGCAUCGAAUCAUCUAAUAUCACCACUAAGUAAACAUUGUGAUAAUAUUCCUCUCCAAGAAGUCACAUUUCCACCCCCAAAAAGAGCAUACGAUCUUGCGCGUUAUUCACCUCCGCCAAAGCAAAAGAAAAAAAUUGGGCUGGUACCAAUUGUUCUCAUAGCUGUGGUGUCUUUCUUAAUCGGCGGGGGCAUUGGCGGUGGUAUAGGAGGAUGGGUUGGAAAGCAUAACCCCUCGAGCAAGACCUCUAAAUCCGAAUCAACGGGAACCUUUUCAGGAUGUGCUCCAACAGCCACUGAAUUUGUAGACUCGGCUGGCUGUCCCAACGUCAACAAUACUACCUAUACAACACCAGUACCGAGUGUAGAGUUUCGUAUAGCUUGUGCUAUCGACUUGACUUCUUCGCCAGGAGAAGAUAUCGAACUAACCAACGUCACUACUCCAACUCUGAAUAAUUGUUUGGAAUCAUGCGCACAAUAUAAUAACGGACAAUGCUUGGCAGCUACUUGGAUACAAUUUUCCCCAAAUCAUCCAGAGAUGAACUCAAAGUGUUUCUUCAAAGCAAAUUCAGGAGUCCGCAUACCCAUGAAUUCUACGGGAACGAUAGCCACGAGUGGGUUUCGGAUUUCCUGACAUGGGCUUAAUACACGAUAUGAGUUCUUGGAAUACUUGUUUUGUUCUAAUUUGAUAGCUCGAGCUGCUUGGAAAGCGCUCACGAUUCGCUCGCUUGUUGUCAAUGGAUUUUGCAUGGUUAUGGCGUUUCUAAAACGGUGCAUCAUUUUCACGUUCUAUACGACUAGAUUUCAGCGGGAUGUUUGGGGUAUCUGAAUAUUUGUACAUUCGCUCAAGAGAUAUGAAGAGAUGAUGGAGAAUUUGCUUUGCUUGCGGGCA